GAAUCCACACACUUGCAUACAUACAAACACUGCAUAUUUCGCUGAUGCUAAGGGGAUAAUUUAAAUGCAGAAGUUGUCACUAGUGCAUUUCGUAUGGUUUCCUGCUGAGGAUUGCGAAAACUGCCAAUCAACUAAGGUUUACAGUGUGCAUGGGCUCUGUUUGGCCGAAUUUGCGUAUAUACGCAGUGGCUGUGUCUGUAGGUCUUCGUCCAGACUUGUCAGUGAUUUGAAAACCCGAAAACCCUUUUGCAAUCAUCGUAGCGAAAUGAGUGCCGUCACCAGCAGCGAUACAGCCAUCAGCGGCAUGGCCCUUGGCCGGAGCCAGACCAUCUGCCGCUACUACGUGCGCGGCAUCUGUCGCUUCGGGGAGCUUUGCCGUUUCUCCCACGACUUGAGCCGCGGUCGCCCCGAGUGCGAGCAGCAGGUGGCCACCGAUGUGCUCCCAAAGCCCAGUACGAGCACCAGCAGCAGCAGCGGCACCCACAGCGCCAGCAUCUCCACUCAGCAGAGGAACUGGGCAAACGCCCCGGUGUUCGUGCCUAGCCAAAAGCGAAAUACUGCCCACGAACAGAGCGAGUUUGAGACUACUGUGGACCCUGAGGCGCAGGCUGCAGCUAGCUAUGAUACAUUAGCCCCAGGUGUCUCCUGGGCCGAAGUAGUGGGCGGACCUUCAUCUCUAAACAAAGGGCACUACGCCGAGGAGAACGGUCCCUGCGCCUGGGGAGAAUUCUCCGCCUACCCAAUUCACAUGGAGCUGUGCGAAAUGUGCGACCAGUAUUGCCUGCAUCCCACGGAUCAAGUCCAGCGGAAGAGUCACAACCGCGAGUGCCUCCAGCAGCACGAACAAGCCAUGGAGCUAUCCUUCGCCAUUGCCAGAUCGAAGGACAAGACGUGCGGCAUCUGCUUCGACACGAUUAUGGAGAAGGCGGGAAGAGAAAAGCGCUUCGGCAUUCUCCCUAACUGCAACCACAUAUUUUGCUUGGAGUGCAUUCGCACAUGGCGCCAGGCCAAACAGUUUGAGCACAAAAUAACGCGAGCUUGCCCUGAAUGUCGCGUGUGCUCGGAUUUUGUCUGUCCCAGUGCGUUCUGGGUGGAGACCAAGGAGGAAAAGGACAAAUUGCUCAACGAUUACCGCGCCGCCUUGGGAGCAAAGGACUGCAAAUACUUCAAAAAAGGAGAGGGCAAGUGUCCCUUUGGUAACAAGUGUUUCUACAAGCACGCCCUGCCCAACGGAGAUAUCGUCGAUGUUGGUUUGCCGAAGCGCACUCGGAAGUUACAGAGCCAGAAUGAAAUAAUUGAUUUACUUGAUAUCUAUCUCUGGGACUACGUAGAUAGGCGUGAUUAUCAUUGGCUGGAGAUGUUUUCAAGUGAUAUCACUAGUUCCGAAAGUUCCGAUUACUCGGAUGACGAGUAAGCUUCUGAAGCAGAAGGAAACAAAAAAAUCAACAACAGCCCAAAAGCAUACAAAUUUGGAUAUAAAAUCCCAGAAACACGUAAACAAUAUUCAAACGAUAUAUAUAAACGAUACUGAACCAAAUAUCGAAUGCGAAAUUAAACAAAAUAAUGUAUUUGGGUACCAAAUUUAGGUUACAUAAUAUUUAUUCUCCACUUAAUGCAACGAAAUUUACAGCAACUUUCCGUACUUGUAUUGAAUUAAAUUACAUUUAAUACCUUUAACAAGUGGUUUAACCUAAACCUGAAGGAACAUUGAUAUAUCAUUAAAUUUCAAUACACAAUUUUAGAGUUAAACAAGCAGGAAACAGUACAUUUUGAAAAUAGGUGAUAAAAAACAUGUAAAUUAUGGCUUUCAGACUGAAUUGUAAAGAUAAAAAUGCAUACAUUCUUUAAUCGGUUUUCUACUCAUUUUUUGAAGUUUAACAACUACAACUAAGUGAAACGCACAUAGCAAUCCACAUGAACACGUCUAUCUGGAUACUUGCAUUCAGCAUCGAAUAAGUCUAUGUAUCAAACCGAGCAGAAACUAUUCCCUUUCGCCGAUGAAUGAAAUUUUGUUAUUGUUAUGAGCCUUUGUGUUAGAGUAUUACUGUUGCAUACCUAUAAUUCAGUAUAAUUGUAAUUGUUGGCCACAAGCGUAAUACCCAAUCCACUACAAAUAUGAUAUGUAUAACAUCUUUACUGUAUAUGAAUUUUAAGUUUAUACUUUCGAAAUGUACCUCUUUAAAAUGUUUUAUUUUUACUGAUACAAAUGUAAUGUGUUGUCCAUGGGAAAAGCAACAAUUAAAUAUAAAAAGGGAACUAACAUAUAAACUCAACAUGUUUGAAAUCCAAAAUCUAAAAUUAAUGUAACAAUACUUGAAAAUCUCAAUAAUUGCAUAGAUUCGGGUUCAACGAUUAACAAUUCAAGCCCAUUUGUAUGUGAUUCUAGUUGACAAACAACAAAUAUCUUAUGAGUAAUUGGAAAUAAGUACAUAGUUUUAAAAACUAAAAUAUGGUCGUUGAAGUAUGAUAUAAAAUGAAAAUUUCACUUUAACAAAUACAUGCUAUCGCAAAAGCUGCAACGCAA